CUCCACUUGAUUCCAGCUGGGCCAGUGAUCCUCCUCCCCACUAUCAGACUGGUCUCCUCUGCUGGUUUGGUUCAGGUCAGAGCAGAGAAACAGUCCCACACAGAUAAAGUCACAGAACAGACUGAAAACAUGCAACACAGACACUGUAGCUUCCUGUUCGUCUCUCAGUCAUGAUCUCCUUGGUCGCCCACUCAUUCUGGGCCCCCGGUUGUCAAGGAGGCAGGCGCUCCAUGGCAACCAUUAUCUCCGGCAUCAAGACCUCGAAGCUGGUGAGGGAGAGGUUGAAGAUGGAGGUGGACAAGAUGGAGAGUCACUUCUCAGGGUUCAGACCCAGUCUGGUGGUCCUACAGGUGGGAGACAGAGACGACUCCAACCUGUACAUCAGCUCCAAGCUGAAGGCUGCAGCAGAGAUUGGAAUCGAUGCAAAACAUGUGAGGCUGCCGCGCACGGCGACACAGGACGAGCUGCUGCAGAGCAUCAUGUCUGUCAACGAGAACCCAUCAGUGCACGGCCUGAUCGUCCAGCUCCCUCUGGACUCUGUCAGCCCCAUCAACACCGAGCUCAUCACCAACGCUGUCUCCCCAGAGAAGGACGUGGACGGUCUGAGUUGCAUCAAUGCAGGGAAGCUGUCUCGAGGUGAUCUGAACAGCUGUUUCAUCCCCUGCACCCCCAGCGGCUGCAUGGAGCUCAUCAGACAGACAGGUGUGUCUGUGGAGGGGAAACAUGCAGUCGUCAUUGGCCGCAGUAAAAUCGUUGGCGCGCCGAUGCACGACCUGCUGCUGUGGCACCACGCCACUGUGACCAGCUGUCACUCAAAGACAGCAGACCUACCUGAGCAGGUGGGCCGGGCCGAUAUCCUGGUGGUGGGGGCAGGCAGAGCAGAGAUGGUGAGAGGAGAGUGGGUGAAGCAGGGAGCCGUGGUCAUCGACUGUGGAAUCAACUACAUCCCGGAUGCGACAAAGAAGAGCAGUAAACGUGUGAUCGGAGACGUCCACUACACCUCAGCCAAUCAGAGAGCAGGAUUCAUCACACCUGUUCCAGGAGGGGUGGGGCCGAUGACAGUGGCCAUGCUCAUGGAGAACACUGUGCAGAGCGCCCGGCGCUUCCUCCUGAAGAUGAAUCUCAGCUGAACCCAGCAGGUGAGAAUGAGAUGCGAGCUCAGACACAGAGGAACGUCUUCUGAACAAACAGACCCAGCAGCCGAUCUUCUUCCCUCCUCUGCUCUUUAAACCACUGGUCAACACUUUCAUUUUGUCUCCUUAUGUUUUCUCACUGAAUCAGUUGUGUGAUCUGAGAGAAUCAUGUUAGUCAGGAGUCAACAACUUGACUGUGAACACAAUAAAAUCCUCGC